AUGAGCACCCCCAAAACCCGACAACCCUACGCAAGAAAAGCCUGCGAAUGCUGUCGAGCUUCGAAGACGCGAUGCUUCAUGGUUUCAAUCAAUAAAGAAGUUAAUUCACCAGGAAGUAGUUCCGAGGAAGAGGCACACGUAUCAAACUAUAGCGAAAAAUUAUCCGCCGAAGUAUCAAGCGUAUCUAAGAAACGAGGCCCAAAGACCAAAAAUUCAAAGAUGCUGGUAGAGAAUCUUUUGGAACAAUAA